AUGACGUGUUUCGAGCCAGAAGCUCUAGGAAAUCUUAUCGAAGGUGUCGAGUUUCACCGGUUCUAUUUCGACUACGGUGAGAUUAGUCUAAAUAACCUUGAACAUUUAGGUAAUAACAACCCACGAAAAGGUCAAUUACACACCACUAUGCUGAAUCCGAAUGUGCAUGUGAUGGGUGAGGAAGGUGCUUGUAUAGCGUAUGUUCGACUGACACAAUUCAUGGACAGGUUCGUUGGUUGCCAUUGCUUAGAGGGUGUGUGUAUUCUCCAGUUCUCACAUCCCAUCGAAGCAGUGCAGGCAAUUUCAAUGUUCCACGGACAGAAGUUUUAUGACCGUGUUUUGAUUGUGAAAAUGGACAAAUAUGAAAAGCUACCAUACGACUACACAUGGCAGAUCGUGCGCGAUCAAGUCAAGCAAUUCAGAUAUGCGGAGUCCGUUGCACCAGAAUUUGCUCGUGUUUGCUUUGCUGUCAUCCAGGAUGCUGACCGUAUGCACGGAGCCUUGACUGGGACCUGCGUGGAAGAUCGUACGAUUUCCGCGGAAUACAUGCAUCAAGUUCCAGAUUCAUAA